AUGAUGCGCAAGGCAGCUUUGGUACUUUCGCUGAGCGCCAGCAUUGCGAGCUGUGCGCCUACCAACGUCACAGGUCCAACGGCUCGUGUGAGGAACGGCACUUAUCAGGGUGUCUACUCACCCGAGUACAACCAAGACUAUUUCCUCGGUAUUCCGUAUGCGCAGCCUCCCGUUGGCAGUCUGAGGUUCAGGAACCCGGUUAGCCUGAAUCAAAGCUGGACCGAUACAAGACCUGCUGCACAGUACUCUACUGCGUGCUAUGGGUAUGGAUCUGAUCAAUGGGGCUACCCCGUCUCGGAGGACUGUCUCUACGUCAAUGUUGUCCGCCCUGCCGGAUGCGAGGACGAAAAGCUCCCUGUUGCUUUCUGGAUCCACGGUGGCGGUUACUACAUGGGAACCGCAGUAGAUCAACGCUACAACCUGACCUUCAUGGUUCAGAACUCUGUCAACAUCGGCAAGCCAGUUAUCGGUGUAAGCAUCAACUAUCGACUCAGCGCUUGGGGCUUUUUGAGUGGAAGUGCAGAGAUCCAGAAGUCCGGCGAGAUGAACCUUGGGCUGCGAGAUCAGCGUUUGGCACUGCAGUGGGUUCAAGACAACGUUGAAGCUUUUGGGGGCGACCCAGAGAAAGUCACAAUCUUGGGCGAGAGCGCAGGGGCCGGGUCCGUUGGUUUCCAGCUGACUGCCUACAGCGGACGAGACGACAAGCUCUUCCGUGGUGCUAUCAUGCAGUCUGGCAACCCCGUACACUUCAAUCAUCUCAACGACCCCUUGGAAUACUCUGAGUGGUACAACGCGAUCGUCAGCCGUACACCAUGCGUGAACGCUACUUCACAGAUUGAGUGUCUGCGUACACUGUCUGCUGAGCAGUACAAUGCCGCAGUCAAUGUCACAAGUCUCGCUUUGAACACUACCGGGUUCAUGCCCGUCCUCGAUGGCGACUUCAUCCAGAAGCGCACUUCGAUUCAAAUGGCGAAUGGCGAGUUCGUCCACGUCCCCAUCAUCAGCGGCGCCAACAGCGACGAAGGAAGCGCUUUCUCUCCGUCACCCGUGGACACCACAGAGGAUCUGUAUGCUUUCCUGACAUCCGGCGAACAUCCGAUUCCCCCCGAGCUUGCGAACCAGCUUCUCGAGGCUUACCCCGACGACCUCUCUGUCAACGUGAUCGCCAACCUCGGAGACACGCGACCAGGCCCCCCACGUGGUGCGCAAUUCCGCCGCUCAGCGAGCUACUAUGGCGACCAGUUCUUCAUCGCGCUGAGGCGGCUGACAUGCCAGACCUGGGCUACUGCCGGUGUGCCCGCAUACUGCUACCGCUUCAACGCGAUCCCUGCCGGCCUGCCGCCCGUCAUCGGAGUCACCCAUUUCCAAGAAGUCGCCUUUGUGUUCCUGAACCUGCUUGGUGUUGGGUAUCCGCCCAUCGCGGUCCCGCCGUUUGAGAACAAGACUCAGAGCUACAGCGAUCUGAGCAAGUUCAUGAGCAGCAGCUGGGUCAGCUUUGUCAGCGACUUGGACCCGAACUCGUGGCGGGACGGCGGCGUGUGGAAUGGUACUGAGGAGCUGUGGCCCGCAUAUGAUAACGCAGAUCCCCAGGACUACGUCUUCGAUGCGAAUGUUACCAGCCAUGCUGAGGCGGAUACGUGGAGGAAGGAGGGCAUGGAGCUCAUUAAUGCGAACAACCUCGAGGUCUAUGGGAGAUAA